GUCUGUUGGAAGGCUCGCUGGUGGUUAUAAAGUUGAGAUGUUGGCCUGCGCGAACAGUCUCACGAUCAGUCAGUGCUGAAUCUCGCUGCAGUGAGGACAUCAGGCAGCACAUCAGGACGCGCGAAGGAGCUCUCUUGGGCAGGAGUGCAGAAGAGUGUUGGUCGUAUCGCGGGUGGGAAUUGGAAAAGACAAUUCAGCGGCGCGAAGAGACACAAAUUCCCAAGUGCGCCGAGUGGAAAAAUGCCUAUACGAAAUUGGAGUUGUCGCGUAUCUUAUCACUGUGGCACUAUAGAAAACACUUGGUUUUGUUUAUCACCACAUAUUGCUGGUAAAUAAUCACGGGAGAUUACAAUUAAUUUGCCAUUGUAUGAGGCUGAAAGAGAACAUUUUGAGAGAUUCAGUGUGGACGCAGCGCGAGGAGUCGCAUUAGUGAUUUUCCGGGAUCUCGGGAUUGGGGAGCAUUUGAGGAGUGCAGUUUUAGAAGAUAAGUGAUAGACACAUUAAGACUUAGCGGCACCUAGAAAGGCGUGAAAAGUGCCAAAAUGUCCCUACAGUGGUGGCGUGUCCUGACCCGAAGGAAGAACUUGCCUAACAGACCUGUCGCUGGCGCGGACAGCGACACUAGACUGGGCAGGGUUCUCAACACCUUCGAUCUCACAGCCUUGGGCGUGGGUGCGACCCUAGGAGUGGGAGUUUACGUCCUUGCUGGUCACGUGAGUCGUGAUCAGGCUGGACCAGCUGUGAUUCUGUCCUUCCUCAUUGCCGCCGUGGCGUCAAUUCUCGCAGGACUCUGCUAUGCUGAGUUCGGAGCCAGAGUACCCAAGGCGGGUUCAGCCUACAUCUACAGCUAUGUGUGCAUAGGAGAAUUCGUGGCCUUCAUCACGGGUUGGAACCUCAUUCUGCAGUACGUGAUAGGAUCAGCCAGCAUCUCCCGAGGACUCUCGCUGUACCUCGACACUCUCAUUGGGGACACGCUGAAGAGGAGCUUCAGGAGUGUGGCGCCGAUCGAUGUGGAGUUUCUGUCCACCUACUUUGACUUCUUCGCCUUUGCGCUGCCCAUUCUUUUGGCAGUCGCCUUGGCCUUUGGCUUGAAGAAGUCCGCUGUGAUGAACAACAUCUUCACAGCCACCAAUAUCGCUAUCGUGCUAUUCGUGACGAUCGCCGGGGCCUUGAAGGCCGACGUGGCGAACUGGCGCAUCGAUCCGGAAACCCUCAACAGCACCGUCACGGAGGGUCUCAACAUCGGCCAGGGUGGUUUCUUCCCCUUUGGCGUGGAAGGCAUGCUCAAGGGCGCCGCCACGUGCUUCUUCGGGUUCGUGGGCUUCGACUGCAUCGCCACCACGGGUGAGGAGGUGAAGAGCCCCCAGAAGGCCAUUCCGCGAGCCAUCCUGUUCUCCCUCAUCAUCAUCUUCCUGUCCUACUUCGGCGUCUCCACCGUGCUGACGCUCAUGUGGCCAUACUAUCUGCAGGACGUCAAUGCGCCGCUGCCCUUCGCCUUCGAGCAGGUCGGCUGGUCAUUCGCCAAGUGGAUUGUGGCGAUCGGCGGCAUUGUUGGCCUCAUUACGAGUCUCUUCGGGGCCAUGUUCCCGCUGCCGAGGAUCAUUUACGCCAUGUCCCAGGACGGAUUGGUCUUCCGCUUCCUGGGCCAAGUUCACACUCACUUCAAGACACCCGUCAUGGGCACCAUGUGCGCCGGCGUGCUCACUGGACUCGUGGCUGCGCUGCUUGAUCUCAAGCAACUCGUCAGCAUGCUGUCGAUCGGCACUCUCCUGGCUUACACCGUCGUGGCCAUUUCCAUCACCAUCCUGCGCUUUUCCAAUCGCGCCGAGACGUUCUGCGAAGCCUCAGAGUCCUCCAGCUCCAUGAAAGCCAAGAAGCAGUCAUUCUUCUCCUCGUCGCUGUUGCAACUCUUCAACUGUCGCGCCCUGAAGCGCCCCACGAGACUCUCUUCGCGAAUCGUGGGCGGCAUGAUCUUCCUCUACACGGUCUUCUCGCUGGCACUUUGCCUGCUGAUCCUGUAUUCGAAGAAGGAACUGGCGGCUGGCCAAGUGUGGACGAUUGUCGUGUGGACGAUCAUCUGCGCAGUGCUGGUGAUCACGCUCAUUUCCAUGGCCGUGCAGCCCAGGGAUCCCACAGAGGCGCCUUUCAAGGUGCCUCUGGUGCCUCUAAUCCCAGGCAUCAGCAUCUUUAUCAACAUCUACUUGAUGCUGAUGCUGGACGCCUACACGUGGAUCUUCUUCAGCAUCUGGCUAGUCGUUGGCCUGACCAUUUAUACCGCCUCUGCGAUCCUCUACGCAGAGGAGAGUGAUCAGGAGGCAGAGAAGAAGGAACCCCACAGCACCAGCGUCACUGCGUCCUGUAGCGGAUCUCUCGGCGAGCCGCGGAAGCUGGAAAAUGGCACGAUCAGCAGGGCGGCUGAAGAUGACGUAGAGCCAGACGUGAGGAGAAUCAAGCUGUCUGAGGAUCUGCACGAGGAGUCGGAUGUGGAUGAGGAUCAGAAGUGUGAGGAGAACCCGGUGUCUUCUUCUCUGGAUGAGAUUCAUCUCGUGUCGGAGAUUUCUGACACGCACACGGAGAAGAAAGAGCCCAACGGGACGUCGUACUUCGUGGAGGAGAGCAGAACUCCCUCUCCUCCGCAAGACGGGGAGGCCAGGGUGUUGGCCUUGCUGGACGGCGUGAUCGAGACUGAGGACACGAGUCCUACGAACGAGAGAAAGAACUCAAUGGACUCCCUGGCGGAGAAUGAGGUCAUUGAGAAGUCAACAGUGGCGAUGAUUCACCGCGAAGAUACGCUGAAAGAGGAGGACGCGGAAUCGAUAAUGCCCGCUGAGAUCAUAGAGGAGACUGUGGGGUCAGAGAGUGACAAGUUGACUGCCACAACACUGCCAAGGAGAAGCCAAGAUGAACCCAGUAUUAAGCAGUCCAAGAGUGAGUCAGACAUCAGGGCGCUUCUAAUGAAGGAGCUUCAGCUGAGGAAUCCACCCCAAGAGGAGCCUGAAAUUCCACCAAUAGACUAUCCUGAAAUUCCACAGACGGCUCCAAUUGCAGAGGGAAGCAUACCCAAGCCGCCAAUCUUCGAUCCUGUGCUCUAUAAUGCCACGACAAAGAAGAGUCCAAGACUGGAAAUUCCUCGGCCGAGGAUAAAAACAUCGCCAGUGGCCCCAAAGAUGUACUCCACAAAGCAACAGCCUCCGCCUGACAUACCCGCGGAGCAGGAGCAGACCAAGGAGCAGUCAGUGGAGGACGAGGAGGAAGAUGAGAACAACAAUGGGAAGAAAUUUGCGGGGAUUAAAGGGAAAUUGGAGGAGAUUCUGCGGCGAGGACCACCUCUGCCUUACUCGCGGCCGCGAUCGAAGCCUCCAGAGCCCGCCGCCCCGGCGACUCCAGAGAAACCACCAUCGCCUGAAAUUGACCAGGAGGAGCCCGUCUUCACGCCACCAGUCACGAAUGUCAGCAAGCCCUUCGACACUGUCCACAAGCAGAAGAUCCUCUUCAACGAUGUCCUCAAGUCCAUCCAUCCAGACACCAGACCCAGCGUAAUCAGAAGCGAAUCCAUCAGCCGGAGAUCAGCAACGCCAGAAGUCCAGUCGCACUAACUAAUACUAACUAGUCAUUGAGGAAAAUGCAGUUUUGGGGAUUCAUCCUGUACACCUGCUACGGAUUCCGCAACUCACUGAGAUUGACCGAAAUGGAGCCGUUGCUGCGAAGUUCCAACAAUCGAUUUAAAAUCUACUCCGUUUAGCCCACAAUUCUCCCAUGAAUUGCCAACAAAAUAUUCCCACAAAGUUAUGUGAUUUGAUUAGGGUGUGUUAAAUAUUCACAAUAUAUAAUAUAUAU